AAUGCACUGUAUGGGAGAUUCUGGACCAGGGCUUUCCCCCACCAUCAACAAAACACUAAAUGAUGGAAUGUCGCAUCCCUCCAAUAGAGUUCCUGACACAUCUAUGCCAAGGCGCAUUGAAGCCGUUCUGGCUCCUCGUGGUGGCCCAACGCCCUAUUAAGAUACUAUAUGUUGGUGUCGUCUUUAUUUCGCCAGUUACAUGCAUGUUCCACAAGUCAUAGGCUUAUUAAAGGCUAUCUUAGAUUCAUCAGGAAAUUCUAUAUCAUUUCUAGUUUAGUCUACUCUAGGUGACGUCAUUAUUGCAGGAAAGAUCGUUCAGUUGAGUUUUGGAAUUUGCGUGUGAUGGACUGUUGUUUGGGAAUGUUAAUCUUCUCAAAUAACAGGGCGUUAAUGCUGAAAUCUUUUCAACGCAUUCCUUAUGUGUAAUUACUGUAGCUGCACCCUUGUGAUGCAUAACAAUACUGCGCUAGAUUGAAAUGAAUUGGAGAACCAUGUUUUACAUUUGAUUCAAUCACAGCCAACCAUGCACGCUUUGGUAUGUCCACACCCCUUUUUCGUCGGCUAAAAGUGGCACAAAGACGCGCUGGCUUUAGGACUUUUUUUACAAGUUUGGUCUUCCCCUUUAAAAGUCUGCAGCCCUAGCGGUGAUCAUUGGACUGAAAACUCUGCGGAGGGGAAGAUGAGAAUGAAAUAGCUUGAACAAGAAGCCGGGAUCAUGGCGGCACCGCUCGGGCGGGACACUCUACCUGACCACUGGUCCUAUGGAGUUUAUCGAGAUGGCAGGGUCUUCUUCAUCAAUGAUAAAACUCACAGCACUACUUGGCUCCAUCCCCGUACGGGUGAACCUGUCAACUCUGGACACAUGAUACGAUCAGAUUUACCACUGGGAUGGGAAGAAGGAUUCUCGGACGAGGGGGCCAGCUACUUCAUUAACCAUAACCAGAAGAGAACGUCGUUCCGACACCCUGUGACUGGACAGAUAUCUCCAGAAAACACUGAAUAUAUGCUCCACGACAAGACAGAGUCCCGGGGCAUGUCCAAGCCACCGCCACCGGCCAGUCAGAGGCCCCCCAGCAUGGUCAGCCAGACUUCCAAGGCUGUGACCUCAUCAACAGUGGAUGUCACCUCAGGGUCAAAGCCACAGGGCUCUAGGAAUAGUGGCAAGGUACACAGCUUCGGCAAAAGGGACCAAGCCAUCAAGAGGAACCCCAAUAUCCCUGUGGUGGUCAGGGGAUGGCUCUACAAACAGGACAGCUCUGGAAUGAGACUGUGGAAGAGGAAGUGGUUUGUGUUGUCUGACUACUGCUUGUUUUAUUACAAAGACAGCAGAGAGGAGAUGGUUUUGGGGAGCAUCCCCCUGCCCAGUUAUGUCAUCGCCCCUGUGGAGCCUGAUGACCACAUCAGCCGCAAGUAUGCCUUCAAGGCGAGCCACACAGGAAUGCGCUCCUACAUUUACAAUAAGAACUCUGUGAUUGGCUCGCAGGCAGAGCACGGUGGGAUGAGGACGUACUUCUUCAGUGCCGACACCCAGGAGGACAUGAAUGGUUGGAUCCGAGCCAUGAACCAGGCUGCUCUAAUGCAGAGUCAAGGCAUCAAGAGAGAGGCAGUCACAGAGAGACCAGAAAUGUCAGUGCAGCAGGCAGUACCACAGACCAACCACGUUAACAACAACAACACCAGUAAGAGCCCCUCCCAGUCGCGUUCAGGGAGCCUCCAGCGGCCCGAGAGAGAGGAGCCUCCGGAGGGGGCGAUCCGACUGAGCCAGGGGGACGAGGAGAGGUACGUGUUGGAGGCUCCUAGAAAGCUCAGCCAUCCAGCCACGGAGGUAGAGGUGGACAGGCUCUCCCCAGACACUCUCCCUGGCCCCUCACACCCCAGGAAUGGCCAGGCCCACACAGUCCUCGCCACGCUGCCCCCUGAGAAGAAUGGGAACAUUGUGUAUAAGAGGGGCUUUGUCCCACGGACAGCCACAGAGAAGAAGGUGCAGAGGAAGACUGCUCUGGCUCAGGUGGAGCACUGGGUCAAUGUACAGAAGGGAGAUCCCAAGAGCAACACAUCUACUACUGAGUACUCCCUCCCCCUCCCUCGGCGGACCCCUCCCCUGCAGCCUAAGGCCGUGGUAGUAGAGGCCUACCAGACAUUGCCAAAGACCCCCAGACUCCCGUCUGGCGGGAGCUCCCCUUCGGCGCCCCGCAACCUGCCCAGCGACUACAAAUACGCCCACGACCGGCUCAGCCACUUCCGCAUGUCCACCGAUGAGCGCAUGGCCACCAAGGAGGGCAUGGUAUGGCAGCUGUAUGAGUGGCAGCAGCGCCAGCAGUUCCGCCACGGCAGCCCCACGGCGCCCAUCUACACCGGGCCAGAGUUCCUGGACACCUCCUCCUUCAGGGUCACUGUGGAGAUGCCUCGCUCCAUCUCUGUGCCUCCUUCUCCCUGUGAAGUCCCCCCAUCUGUCCCCACCUUCAAACCACUGUCCCCCCACAGGCCGCACACCCCCUCAGACAGGGUGACGGUCAGGCCGCUGGAUGAGGUGCCACCUGGGGAGUCCCCCACCGGCUCCAGUUCUCCUAGACGGGUGUUUUCUCAGCUUUCUAAGACUAGUCAGCUAGAGAGACGGUCAAUGCCAGCCAUGGGCUACAUCACACACACAGUCAGCGCACCAAGCUUGCAUGGGAAAACGCCGGAGGAGUUGACCCUGCUGCUCAUUCAGCUCAGGAGUCACCAGGCCAAGAUGGCUGGUGUCCACGGCGACGCCCUCCACCACCUACAUCACAACGGCCUCCUAGGCCCCAGCCUGCAGGCAGAUGAUACUUACAUGCAACUGAAGAAGGACCUGGAUUAUCUAGAUCUGAAGAUCAAAAGUAUUGACCCGUUGAUCGUUAUGGUACACAAUGUGUUAGAAAACACCCCUCCAGGUUUUGGGUCCAGUUGGAAUGUUACAGGCCGUGAAACUCUAAAAGACAGACCAUCGAGACCUGUUCAGAUAGCAGAGAGCGAUGUUGAUGUGAAGUUAAGCCGACUGUGUGAACAAGACAAGAUCCUUCAGGAGCUGGAAACAACGAUCCGCACGCUCAAGGAAGACAAGGACAAGUUGGAGUCCGUGCUGGACGUGUCCCACCAGCAGAUGGAGCAGUACCGGGACCAGCCGGCCCACCAGGAGAAGAUAUCCUACCAGCAGAGACUACUGCAGGAGGACGUGGUGCACAUCAGAGCUGAGAUCUCUCAGGUGUCCACGGAGAUGGAGAAUGCGUGGAAUGAGUACAGCAGCCUAGAGAGAAAUGUAGACUGGUUGAGGACAGCUCUGGAGGGCCAGAUGAACCGCAGUGGUCUCUCUCAGAAGGAGAAGUUCCAGAUCAAGAGGGAGUUGUGGAGGAUUGAAGACGUAAUAGCAGGCCUCAGCUCCAGCAAAGCCAACUACCAAGUCACCAUCUCCUCUGUGACCAACCCAGAGAGAAAACUUGUGCCUUCCGUGUCGCCAUCGUCAGUGCCUUCUCUGUCUGCCAGUCCCUCCCUGGGAGAGAUGAGACUGGCCCAGCAGCACAGCCCCCACCUCAGCCCCACAACCCCCACCUCCACCCAGCACACCACCGCAGCCCUCCCCAUAUCUGUGUCAAAAUGGGCAAAUGAGGGCGCCCCUCCCCGACCACCACUACCUCAGCUAUACAGUCCUGAGGACCACGCCCCCGCCGUGCCUCCGCUGCCCAGGGAAACCAGCGUCAUCAGACACACGUCUGUACGAGGCCUCAAACGACAGUCUGACGAACGCAAGCGGGACAGGGAGAUCGGCCAAUACACCAACGAAGACAACAAGGUGGAGCUGCGCACCUUCCUGAGUGAACCUGAGCUUCUGGGAGUGGGAGGGUCUGGUCACAUGAGGCUGGGGGCCUUGGGGCAUGAUGGUGGUUACCAGACCCUGCCAAGCAGAGGGCCGGCUGGCUCCUCAUCCAGGCUAAAUCAGUCCACAAACAUCUCCUCAUAUGUUACCCUCCGAAGAGGAGCCUCAGCCGCCUCAGGCCUGAAGGAGAGACCAAAGAGUGCCUUGGAGCGUCUGUACUCUGGGGAUGUGCUGCAGCAGCAGAGUAGGGGGAGGAUGAGUGCUGAGGAGCAGCUGCAGAGGAUGAAGAGGCACCAGAAAGCUCUGGUCCGCCAGCGCAAGAGGACCCUGAGUCAAGGAGAACGCCAGGCCUCUUCAUCACGAGCCUCCUCCUCCUCAUCAUCACAGCAACGCCCCCUUUCCGCAGACCUGGGCUCAUGGAGGCGAGAGCAGGAGUUUGACCUGCAGUUGCUGGAGCGGGCUGUGCAGGGGGAGGAGGCGCGGGGUGUGGUCCAGGGUGAGGAGUGUCCAGCAGAGCACAGUGAUAGACCUCGGUCCCAGUCAGAUGAGUGGCUGACCCUCCGCUCUACAGCCACGUCCACACUUACCCAGGAGGUGGACCCGGAGACUCUGGACUAUGACCUGGACCUCAGCCGAGAGCUGGCCAAACCUCAGAAGGUGUUAAUCCCUGAGCGCUACAUAGACACAGAGCCUGAGGAACCUCUCAGCCCUCAGGAGGUGGAGGCUCGCCAUCGCAACAUGGAGCGCAUCAAGAACAUUCUGGCCAAGUCCAGUGUUCAGAUCCUGGCGGGGCCCUCUGUGGCGGUGGACCAGCCAGAGGUGGUGGGUCUGGACUCAGCCCUACUGAAGCAGGAGAGGAUCAUCACCAUGUCUUACGCCCUGGCCUCAGAGGCCUCCCUCAAGAGCAAGCAGGUUGCAGUAGUACCACUGCAACCUAACAUCCCCACCGUGCCUCCUCCUCCACCUCCUCCUCCACCUCCUCCUCCUCUUCCUCCUGUCUCUCAGGCACCUCCCCCUCCUCCUCCUCUAAGCAACGGAUUUCACUUCUCGUUUGUCUAAUCAGAGAAAACAAACCAAUGCGCUUUCUGGACACUGAGGUGCUGUUCCAUGAUGACAAUACAACCUUGAUUCUUGAAGAAAGAAAGACUUUGUUUGGUGCUGACAGUUACACUGUUAUACAGUAGAUGAGUGUUAGUGAACAUUUAACCUGCCCUCAGUAGCACGCAGCAGGACUUACUCGCUGAUGCAUUUUUAGGAGCUAAAAUUAAGUAACUAUUUUCUUAAGAAAAUGUAUGUCUGCCGUGAAAGCUGCUGUGCAUAUUAACUUUGGAAGUGUCUAACAGAUGUUAAUCCCAUAAUAGAAAAUGGUUUUAUACACGUUAUUGCACUUUUAGCAUUAUACUGUAUCAUAGUGUAGAACUGAAAGAGAUAUUUUCAAGCUGAGAAUGUUUCGUAUUGCAGUGUGAUCUGAAUUUGGAGGGAACUUGUAUUUUUUUUUUUAAAGUUAAUGAGAGUAUUCACCAACUGAAAGGUCGAUAUGAACAUGAUAAGGUACUGAACAUGUGUCAUGUUGAUUGUAUUUUUGUCAAAACUCAGACCAUAUUCUUACACCAAAUCACUUGAAAUGUCAUUUGUGUUUGUAUCUAGCACUGCCAGUCUCUUAAUGGCUUGCCAAAUUGAUUUUUAUUUUUGCUUACAACAUUGGGAGGAAAAUAACAUUGAACAUAGUAUUUUCUGGAUGGCUUGGGCAGGUUGCACAAUGAUAAUUAUUACAAAUGUAAAUAUUAAAGAUAUUAACAUGACAUUUGCCUUAUAAAUGUUUUGUCUUCAACAACCGACUCAUGCAGUAGUCGUAAUAACCUUUAUAAAAUGAUAACGGUAUACUGAGGUAUUCAGAGAAUGUGAACCCCCAAAACUCUUUGGUCUUAUAGCCCAUUGUACAGUUUUUAAUUUAAAUCAUAUGAUAUUGCGUCAGUUUAAUAAUUGUACUACUCUGUGGAUGACAGUUGAAUAAUAUGGUUGACUGUGUUGGAAUCUUCAAAACCCUUUAUCUUGUGCCAGUUCUGAUAACCUUCUCUUCAUGCUGACCAAAAAGUACAAAAUGUAGCCUCAUCACAGCUCCAAGGAUUCUCUUUGAACAUUCCUAUUGAUUGCUUUGCCCUGUUACAUUUCAUUCUAUUAUCUGAGAAGGGAAUCCAACUUUACAGGCUCAAACCAAAUGAGGCAAACUUUCAAUACAAAAAACCAUGAAAUGUUUCUUUAGUUCAAAGCUUCUCCUUCUUAAAGGGCAUUUUCUAUUCCGUGUCUCUACAUUUUCAACUGGGAAGGUGGGUAGUAAUAGCAUUGGUGUAUCUGAAGCAUAGAAUUUAUAUAUUUUAAAUCAAAGAUCUUUUACUUUGUAAAAUAAACCUAUAGAGACGAACAUGGCAUUGAACUUAUGAAUCAAAGCUGAUGGAAUUAUGAUUCUAAGCUUUUUGUAACUUACUUUUUCACAUGUUCUGUAAAUGGAAGGUCAGCUAUAUAAAAGUCAUGACUAGAAUCAAUUGCAAUUGUUCUGUCAGUCCUAUACAUAAUUCUACAGUCCUAACAUAUUCGUAUAGCAUGUACUGGUAUCUUGCUUAUAGGCUAUGCUCCUUUGGCUGGUGGUCCAGUAGACUGCUCUCACCUCCCUUGUGAGAUCUUUAUCUUUAAUUGGAGAGUAAUUACAUACACUUGUCUGCAUGGUACUCUUUGAAAACACCUGUGAGAGGGGAUGUGAGAGGGGAUGCACCUCCCAGAGCUCCACAGUGGGAGCUGCCACAUCUCCUCUCUCUCCAUGCCAUCUCGAGGAGUGGGAGUGUGGGCCCCAGAGUGCCUGCUAGUCCUGGUGGGUAUAAGACCCAUCACAUCCGCUAUUCUGCUUAUUUUGCAAUAAAUGGGCUGUUUUUUUCCUCCUCCAGCAGAAAUUCACCCAAGACCAUCCACUGAGGAUUGUGGCAUUUCCAUUUAUUGACGUUUGGCUGCUGGUUCAUAUACAUUUGUUAUGCUAUGCUCUGGACUUCAAAGAGAAUGAAAUAGGGCCUAUUAUGCUAAUUCUGUCUUGUUCUGUUCAACGUAAUCAAGGCCUCACACAUUCAUCCUUUACAAAAUGUUCCUCACUGACUCUAGGAAAAGGUUUUCAAACGUACAUGAAUAGAAAAGGGAAUUCCAGACUUUCCCAGUAGACUCCAAAAUCCCGUAAUUGAGCACUUGGGGGGAGACAACCUUUAGUCAUUUUGAAACUAUAAAUGAUUAGAGAAUUUGAUAUGAAAUCCAGAGUAAACAAUUGUGAAAAACAGUGAAUGUUUCUCUUCCUACAUGAUUGUAACAGGGUGGAUCUGUUUGUUGGUAAACAUGCCCCAUGUUAACCCUUGCCAGUCCCAGGUAUAGCAUGUUUCCAUAAAGGGCAUGGCCCUGGGUAUUUAAGCUUGACUUUUUGUGUCAUUCACAAUAUUCCAUGACCACUAGAAGGCUGGUGUGUGCAAGGAGGAUGGUCUAGUAGUGAAAGCCCAGUCAGUGUCUCUAUUAGACACCAUAGGAAUCCUGACUGGACUCUGAUUGGACAUGAGCUGAACCAAAGGAUCCAACACAAAAGGUACUUUGAUUCCAAAAUGGUCUUUUAUGCUCUUUUAUCAUCUCGAAAUCAAUAUACAUGCUUUAAUAAGGGAUGGGCUGGUGUUCAAUUAUUGAACAGUUAAGAAUUAUUGAAUAUUCUCUCCCAACACACUGUACAUGCCUACAUAAAAUGAAAAUAAUAAAAUGAACCUGUAACUUUUUAAGACUGA